AUGAGCAGUGGAGUGACUAACCACCACCGUACUAAGAGCAGUGGAGUGACUAACCACCACCGCACUAUGAGCAGUGGAGUGACUAACCACCACCGUACUAAGAGCAGUGGAGUGACUAACCACCACCGUACUAUGAGCAGUGGAGUGACUAACCACCACCGUACUAAGAGCAGUGGAGUGACUAACCACCACCGUACUAUGAGCAGUGGAGUGACUAACCACCACCGUACUAUGAGCAGUGGAGUGACUAACCACCACCGUACUAAGAGAAGUGGAGUGACUAACCACCACCGUACUAUGAGCAGUGGAGUGACUAACCACCACCGUACUAAGAGCAGUGGAGUGACUAACCACCACCGUACUAAGAGCAGUGGAGUGACUAACCACCACCGUACUAUGAGCAGUGGAGUGACUAAUCACCACCGUACUAAGAGCAGUGGAGUGACUAACCACCACCGUACUAAGAGCAGUGGAGUGACUAACCACCACCGUACUAUGAGCAGUGGAGUGACUAACCACCACCAUACUAAGAGCAGUGGAGUGACUAACCACCACCGUACUAAGAGCAGUGGAGUGACUAACCACCACCGUACUAAGAGCAGUGGAGUGACUAACCACCACCGCACUAAGAGCAGUGGAGUGACUAACCACCACCGUACUAAGAGCAGUGGAGUGACUAACCACCACCGUACUAAGAGCAGUGGAGUGACUAACCACCACCGUACUAAGAGCAGUGGAGUGACUAACCACCACCGUACUAAGAGCAGUGGAGUGACUAACCACCACCGUACUAAGAGCAGUGGAGUGACUAACCACCACCGUACUAUGAGCAGUGGAGUGACUAACCACCACUGUACUAAGAGCAGUGGAGUGACUAACCACCACCGUACUAUGAGCAGUGGAGUGACUAACCACCACCGUACUAAGAGCAGUGGAGUGACUAACCACCACCGUACUAUGAGCAGUGGAGUGACUAACCACCACCGUACUAUGAGCAGUGGAGUGACUAACCACCACCGUACUAUGAGCAGUGGAGUGACUAACCACCACCGUACUAUGAGCAGUGGAGUGGAAAUGCAAGAAAUGUAUACAGGCACCUAA